AUGGCCGAUCAUUAUUGGAGCGAACGUCCUAAAUCGCCGCCUCCCUCAUAUUCAGCAUCAGAUCCCGCGGCCGGUUCGAGCCGCGACCCGCCCCCGCCAUAUCGUCCAAACCCCGCCGCCGCGCCAGAGAGAAAUGAGCGAACACCGCUCAUUCGCCGCCAGCCUGUCAUUGUGAUCCCGCGACCUCCUAGAAUCAACAUCUCCGUCCGGCAGGCCCCUAGAAUCAAUAUCGUCAUCCCGCGACCGCCGAGAAUCAAUUUUACGACCCGCCUGAGAUGCCAAGACGUCCUCACCAUCCUUCUCCAACUUGCUGCUGUCUCGUUUUUCGCAUACUUCAUCUGGUUCCUGGCAACUUCGUGGUAUUCUAGCUUUGGUAACCCGACGCUUCACGACGAUCUGCCGAUUUAUAAUGUCGCCAUCAUUGGAGCCGGUCCCGCGGGCAUCGCGGCAGCCCAAUAUCUUCACUAUUCUCAAGCAUCGCGAGAUAUGCGCUUCAACAUCACUAUUUUGGAGUCAAAACCAAUAGUUGGUGGCAUGCUCGCGCUGCAUGAUUCGAGUGGAGGGCCCGUGUACCCCAAUGAUGACCCAAUGCAAAGCCCCAUCACAGCGGAAGACAUCGUUGGCCCUGCACUAAUGUGGCAGAACUCGCUUUUCACGCAAGACUCGGAAAAGAUACUCGGAGAUUCGAUUUCUUUUAAUGAGCUUGACACUGACUUUGUCGGUUUUUACGAGAAUAAGGAUUGGAUUGCGUCGGCCGUGCGACCCUACGACAGAUCUCCCGUUACUACAUGGGGUCGACUCAUCUGGACCUAUGGCGCCUCGGUAUGGCGGGCGGCUGCGUUCAAUAGACACGGAAACUUACGGAAAAGGAUGCUUGAAGCGCCUGUGACAACAGAGCCUGGAGAGAUAUUCAGUGCACUCGGAGUCCUCGAGCCUCUACAGCAGUGGGCAAGAGAGCUUUUGAAUAAAACCGGCAUAAGUGAUCGCUAUGCGACAGAAAUUCUCGCACCCCAAACCCGUCGCGCUUUCGGUCAGGGGCUCGAUGAUCUAACGGGAUUCGCCGCCAUGCUAGCCGCGUCACAGGAAGACUCGGCGCACGCUUACACUGGCGGUCAUUUGAUCGAACGACUGGAACACAUCGUGCGCAAGCUUGGUGUGCCCGUGCAUACAUCUACACGUGUUCUCGGGCUACGCAACGAUUGGGAAGGGAAUCAAUGGACCGUUCGAUAUGAAAUGGUCAUCCUAGCAGCCCUUGACUUUGAAAUCCGCCUCGAAGACGGCUAUGGCAAUGUCAGGAACCUUUCAUCGUUCCAAGAUACAGGUCUAAAGAAAGAAUUGGGCGACCCUAGAGAUGAAAUGUUCAUUCCGGUUCAUAUAACUUUCUUCACCACGAACGUGAAGCUUGCUACAUGGCAUUAUCAUGAUCAAGCGCUGUUCGUUGAUGGCGCAGAUGGCGUAUACGAGAUUGAGCUCGUGCGCAAGACUACGAGUUAUAGGGAGACGCAAUACCUUUAUCGAAUCCUUUCCCGAUCGUCGGUGCUUAACUACCUGAAGAACAACUACGGUAUUCUAUGGAGUUAUGAAACAAGCAUAGCGAAUUGGCAUCCCGUGAGAAUCCCUCUGUUUCACAUGCCAGUCUUGAAGUAUCCGCCAGCCGCAGGCCUGUGGUGGUCAAGUGCGAUCCAACAAGCUUGGUCAACGGUUGAUCUCAAUUGGUUAGCUGGUAAGGCUAUUGCAGAUGACCUGAUCAAGGAGAUCUUGGCAGGGAAGUAAGAACUAUGUCAAUGGAAGCAUCAUGAGCGCGAUUCCGUAACGAUCAAUGUAAUACUGUUGAUUCGCUAGCUACGAUUCGUGGUGCGAUAUGUAUUGCGAUUGGAAUUUCAGUAAGAGGGAACACUAAUAUCUGGAGAAAUGGAACAUUCUAUUUGUUCCUUAGGC